AUGGCUCUCUCACUAUCAAACUUCCUGGUCUGUCUCAUCGCGCUCCUGCCCAAAGGUCUUCCUAGUGCCAUCGCGGCCACAGUCACACACGACUUCAAUGUCGGCUGGGUCAGGGGGAAUCCAGAUGGCAUGGCUGAGCGUUCUGUCAUUGGCAUCAACGGGCAAUGGCCGUUACCUCUGUUGAACUUCACAAAGGGUGACCGUGUGAUUAUCAACCUUCACAACAAGCUCGGCAACCAAAGCACCAGUGCGCACUUCCACGGUCUGUACCAGAACGGCACCAACGAUAUGGAUGGGCCUGUAGGAGUCACUCAGUGCGAUGUGCCACCAGGACAUUCUAUGACAUACAACUUCACCGUCGACCAACCCGGCACAUACUGGUACCAUUCUCACACCCGCGGUCAGUAUCCCGACGGCUGGAGAGGACAAUUUAUCAUCCACGAUCCGGAGAAUCCUUUCAGAGGCCAAUUUGACGAGGAGAUGGCAUUCACGGUCUCCGACUGGUACCACGACGAGAUGCCUGGACUCCUCACCGACUUCAUCAGCCACAAGAAUCCUACCGGCGCUGAGCCAGUGCCCAACUCGGCGCUCAUGAACGAUACGCAAAACUUUACUGUCGCAGUGGAGCCCGGCAAGACCUACUUCUUCCGCUUGACGAACAUUGGCGCCUUUGCUGGCCAGUACUUCUGGAUUGAGGGCCAUAGAAUGCGCAUCAUAGAGGUUGAUGGGGUGUACACUCAACCGGCUGAGACGGAUAUGAUCUACCUAACGACUGCACAACGAUACGGCUUCUUGGUGACGAUGAAGGAGAACAGCUCCUCCAACUUCGCCAUGGUCAGCAGUAUGGACGAGAGCCUCUUCGACGUCGUCCCUCCAACGCUCAACCCCAACGUUACCGGCUGGCUUAUGUAUGAUGCCUCAGCACCGAAGCCAGUAGCAAGCCCAAUUGAGGCUUUCCAUCCCUUUGACGACUUUUCUCUCGUGCCAGAAGACGGCCUUGAGCUCUUUGAUCAUGUUGACUACUCGUUCAAUCUUGAUCUGAAGAUGGAUAAUCUUGGAGAUGGUGCCAACUAUGCCUUCUUCAACGACGUCACAUAUGUCACACCUGUGGUUCCUACCCUCUACAGCGUCCUGACCACCGGCGACAAGGCGUCUGAGGCGGCAGUAUAUGGCGCUUACACCAACUCUUACGUGCUGAACAAGGGCGACAUCGUGGAGAUAGUGUUAAACAACGAUGACGGUGGCAAGCAUCCCUUUCAUCUCCACGGGCACAAUUUUCAGACCGUCUAUCGUGCUCCAGCCGGCUCCGGUUUCUACAAUGCCAGUGACGAUCAUUCAUUUCCGGCCGCACCCAUGCGUCGAGACACGCUUAUGGUGAAUCCGAAUGGCAACUUUGCCAUUCGUUUCAGGGCGGACAAUCCUGGUGAGUCAGCGCCGUCUGCUCAGAAUCCUAGCGCCUUGCUGAUGAAUGAGCAGGAGUCUGGCUCUUCCACUGCCACAUCGACUGGCACCUGGCCACUGGCCUUGCUGCAACCAUGA